UAUAAACAAUACUAUCAAAUAAUAUUAAGAGACUAAUUUUUUGUUAUCAUCUUUAAUCAAUUAUAGCAUACUUAUAAUUUAAAAGAUUCUUUUUUAAAUAAAAUGUACAGUGUUAACAAUGUCAAUUAAUUUUCUAAAUUACUUUAUUCAUACUAGAAAUAUACAAUUCUUGCACACUGUUAUUACAAAUAAUAUUAAACAUUGUAUGUACAUCAGUAAAACAAAUCCUCUUCAAUCAUAUUGAGUGUUACAAAAAUGCUGCAAUUUAAUACGGCAGCUUUUACAAUAGCAACCAGGUUUACUUCUCGAUUUUUAUGGCGAUUAAAUGCAUCAUUAAGUACAAAUACAGCAACAAUAAUCUCUGAGUCUAAGAAUGAUGUUAAGCUUGAUGACCAAAUAAAGGAAAUGAUGUCAAAUAUAACGGUAGUUGAUAAACAACACAUGACAUUUGAUAAAUUAAAAAUAAAAAUGUGUAACGAUUUAAAUAUAAAACCAAUAGUUACUGAAAAGAUUAAAAAAGCACAAAGUAUACAAGAAAUACUAGAAAUUGUGAAAACAUCUUCUAUAUCUCAAGAUGAUAUUUUACAUAUUCUCAGAGCUAUUUCGAUUUGGAUAAAUAAUAAUAAGGAAACUAAUUCAAGUACCAAAAUAAAUGAAAGUUCUGUACAAAGCCAAACAAAAGUUAACGACACAACAUCUGAAAAUUCUCUGAUCGAUGCUGAAGAUUAUUUUUAUCAGUACUAUAAUCUUUCAACGUCUGCAAUGAUCAAGAAUAUAAAUAAAUUAGCAAUAGCAGGUGACAGAAAUGUGAAACUUUUAAAUUAUUUCUUUAAAAAUAUUAUUGAAUAUCAUGAAUUACUGAAUACAAAAGCAUGUUCAAAUCUAAUGUUUGGUAUGAGCACUUUGAAUUACUCUGAUGAGAGAUUACUUAAAAAAAUUUGUAAAGAUUUCAUAAAGAGUAAAAAUGUUCCUGGUAAUAAAACUAAUAUUGUAACAAUAAUAUCUAUGUUAAAAUCUAUGGCAUUAGUCAGAUAUAAAAAUAAUGUAUUUAUAAAUCAGCUAUGUGAUGACAUUAUUAAAUCCAAUAUAAAAUGUAGCAUGUCACAAAUUGCAAACAUUUUACUAUCACUUGCAACAUUAGGUUAUCAUUCUCAACGUGUAAAUGACAUCAUAGAGAAAUAUAUCCCAAAUUCUGAGAUUGAGAAAUUUGGAUACUCUACCAGAUUAAAUCUCAUAUGGUGCUUUGCUGUAUUCAAAACAUUGCAAAACAUACAUGCUGAAUCUGUAUUAGAUGAAAAGUUUGUUACAAAAAUAUCAUUCAUAGAUAUAAAAAACAACCAAAAUUUAUCCCAUUGGUUAAAAUUAUUAAAUAUCAAUGGAUAUGCACAAUAUGCACUCAACAAUUAUUCUGGACCGCUUCUGAAUAAUGAGAUAGUAUCACAUGUAACAAGCAAACGUUCAAAACAAAAAACAGCAUAUGUUGAAGCACUGGAAGUUACAUUAAAAAAUAUGUUGCCAUCUACAUCUCAUUUCAAUAUGAAUAUAAAUACCAACAUGGGGUUUCUUUUAGAUGCUGAAAUAUGUGUGGAUGACAAGUUUAAUUUUAUUAAUAUGAAUAGUGAUAGUAAAAGUGGAAAUUUCAUUAAGAUAGCUCUAUUAUUAGUUGAUUAUUAUGACAUGUGUCUAGGAGAUACAGAUUAUCAAGGAUUAAUUAAAUUGUACAGACAUUUAUUGGAAUGUAAAAAUUAUGAAGUAUUAAUUAUACCUUACCAACAUUUUGGUUUAGAAGAUAAAAUUGAAAAGCGUAUAAAUUAUUUAAGACGUCAGUUGAUCCAAAUAUUUCAAAAGAGAAGGGAAUGAUAAUUAAAUAUGAUUUCAUCUUGUGUAAUAUUUGAUAAAUAAAAAAUUA